CUGAGAAGUAUGACAAGUGACAUUAGUGACAACUGUGACAAAGUUGAUAGGCAACCGGUUCGGUCGGAUCGAUAUUUGUUUUGUUGAAUUAAAUCAAGAUAUUCACUUCGCUCUCUGUUCUAAAUCGUUUGUGGUUAUUAUCUUAGUAUUCCAACCCAUUCUAAGGACCCCUGCGUAAGGUCAAGUGGACGCAGCUAAUAUAAGCUCACUGAGAACAAUUAUCAUUUUCGUCAUUACAGUCAAGUUAUUCAUAAGAAACACACAUAAUGGCUGCUAAUGGAAAACUGGCUCUUCUAAGCGUGUCGGAUAAGACAGGCUUAUUGCCUUUAGCAAAAUGCUUGUCAGAGAUUGGGCUGGGGCUCGUUGCCAGCGGUGGUACAGCUACAGCCAUUCGCAAUGCUGGCCUCCCCGUAACCGAAGUUUCGGACAUUACCAAGGCACCUGAAAUGCUUGGAGGCCGUGUAAAGACCCUGCACCCUGCUGUUCACGCUGGUAUUCUGUCUAGGGCCAUCCCAUCAGACCAGGAGGACAUGAAACGUCAGAACUUCGACAUGAUUAGCGUUGUCGUAUGCAACUUAUAUCCCUUCGUUCAAACUGUGUCAAAACCCGGAGUUACUAUCGCUGAUGCCGUUGAGAACAUAGACAUUGGAGGUGUUACCUUACUCCGUGCGGCAGCUAAGAACCAUGACAGAGUGACUAUUAUCUGUGAUCCUAAUGACUACGAUGCAGUCAUGCAAGAACUAAAGCAGAGCAAUGGCCAUCAGACCUCUUUGGAUACUAGGAAGCGCCUUGCUCUUAAGGCUUUUACACAUACAUCGGAGUAUGAUCUCGCUAUCACGGACUAUUUCCGUAGGCAGUAUUCUGCCGGACAGUCACAACUGACCUUGAGAUAUGGUAUGAACCCUCACCAGAAACCAGCUCAAGUGUUUACGACCCGUGACAAGCUGCCUCUGACAACUCUGAACGGUUCUCCGGGCUUCAUCAACUUGUGUGAUGCGCUCAAUGCGUGGCAGUUAGUGAAGGAACUGAAGGAAGCUCUUGGCUUGCCUGCAGCCACCAGCUUCAAACACGUUUCGCCCGCUGGAGCCGCUGUUGGAUUGCCUUUGAGUCAAGAAGAGGCAUCUGUAUGUAUGGUGGCCGACCUUCUCCCGAACUUGACACCAGUAGCCUGCGCUUACGCACGCGCUCGUGGAGCUGACCGUAUGAGUUCAUUCGGCGACUUCGUAGCGAUAUCGGACGAAUGCGACGCCAUCACCGCCCGUAUCAUCUCACGAGAGGUUUCUGACGGAAUCGUCGCACCCGGAUAUACCCCAGAAGCAUUGGAAAUACUUAAAAAGAAGAAGGGUGGUAGUUACUGCGUUUUGCAGAUGGACUCCAGUUACGAGCCAGACCUAAUGGAACAGAAGACUAUCUUCGGUCUCACUUUAGAACAAAGACGCAACGAUGCUAAGAUUACAGGAGACUUGUUCAAGAAUGUUGUUACUAAGAACAAUACACUACCUGAGAAUGCCGUCAGAGAUCUCAUUGUGGCUACAAUUGCUUUGAAAUACACCCAGAGUAAUUCUGUCUGCUUUGCAAGAGAUGGACAGGUUGUAGGUAUUGGUGCGGGCCAACAGUCCCGUAUCCACUGCACUCGGCUGGCGGGCGGCAAGGCGGCGCUGUGGUGGAUGAGGCGUCACCCGCGAGUCCUCGCCAUGAAGUUCAAGCAAGGAGUCACCCGUGCUGUGCAAUCUAAUGCUAUCGACAACUACGUUAAUGGCACUGUCGGUUCUGAUCUGCCUUUGGAGCAAUUUAACACGUUAUUCGACGGGCCAGCUCCCGCCUUACUGACUGAGCAGGAACGUACCGAAUGGGUCAGUAAAAUGGACCGCGUGGCUCUCGCUUCGGAUGCUUUCUUCCCAUUCCGCGACAACAUCGACCGAGCUGUGCAGUGUGGAGUUGAAUACAUUGGCAGUCCAUCAGGCUCGAACAACGACCAAGAAGUGAUUGAGGCUUGCAAUGAGCACAAAAUUGUGCUUGCACACACCAAUCUUAGACUCUUCCACCAUUAAUGUACAAAUGAAACAUUUGAGGCUGGUGUAAAACUGGAUCUAUGUCAAUUCUGAUUAUGC